AUGGAAAAUAUCAGAAUCGCAGUCAUCGGCCUCGGCCCGGCUGGGUUGACGGCCCUCAAGAGCCUGCGAGAAGAGGGCUUUGACGCCGUUGCGUUUGAGCGGCGAGACAAGGUCGGAGGCGUGUGGUCUUACAGCCCCAACACGAACUACACGUCGGUUGUAGGAGAGACUGUUGCCAACAUAAGCAAGUUUGUGUCCGGCUUUAGUGACUUUCCGAUCCCCAAAGACUAUCCGCCCUAUCUUUCAGGGACACAGGUGGCGGAAUACUUUCAGUCGUACGCCAAACACUUUGACCUCGAGCGGCAUAUACACUUUAACACGACGGUACACAAGGUCGUCCGCGACGAGGCUGAAGAUGCUUGGCAAGUCCACCUCACCGGGUCUGGCGGUGAUGCCGUCGCCCGCUUCGACAAGGUUGUGGUUGGCACCGGCUCGCAGACGUCGCCCGUCUGGCCUCGGAUGCCGGGCAGAGACAAGUUUCAGGGCAUCGUCAUGCACGGGCAAAACUAUCGGAGUCCCGAGCAGUUUGCAGGCAAGAGAGUCUUGGUCGUGGGGAUUGGCAACACGGCGUGCGAAGUCGCCAUCAGUCUGUCGGGGCGCGUUGCCAAGCUGUACCAGGCCUACCGCCGCGGACGAAUCAUGGUGUCGCGAUAUCUCGACAGCGGCAUCCCGACGGACAGCACCAUUGCGUGGCCGAUGCUCCGCCUCAAGUACAUGCUGGACCAUAAGGCCCCGUGGCUCACCUUUGCCGCCGUCGACAGGCUGAUGGUCCGCAAGAUGAUUCGCGACGCCGCACGGGAUGAGCCCGCGCUCCCCGGCGCGUCGGAGAGGGAGCGACGGAGACGCGCAAGGCAGAGGGUCAAGUCAGACUGGCGCCUCACCCCGUGUCCCAGCAUGGCCCACGAGCACCCCGCCGUUCAGGAGGACUUUAUCUCCGUGCUCUAUUCUGGAGCGGUGGAGCCAGUCCGGGGGUUCAAAGGCUUCGUCGGCGCCAACCACGUCUUGCUGGCAGAUGACUCGGUGGUGGAAGUCGAUGCCGUCAUAUUUUGCACCGGAUACUCGCACGACCUGCGCGUCAUGCCCGAGCUGGAGAUGGACGGGGCUUGCGGGCUGCCCCUGAUCACGGCCGGCGAGGCGAGGGUCAAGGAUCACGGAGACGGCCCGAAGCAGCCACAUGUCCCCCGACUCUAUCAAAUGAUUUUCCCGCCCCGGUAUGCUUCUUCCGUUGCCUUGCUGAGCUGGAUGGCGCCGCAGGAGAGCGUCUGGUGCGUCUGCGAGCUCGCAUCAAUGGCUGUGGCUCAGGUCUGGGCAGCAGAGACGUCGCGAGAGCUGGGGUUAAAGAGCCCACCGCCCGGUUACCGACAACCCUCCUUUCUCCCACCCCUGGAAGAAAUGAAUGCCCAGGUCGACGAGUAUCACGCGUGGUGGCGAAAGGAGUGGGAAAAAGAGCCGUCUGUCCGCCCGGGCUACCUCCAGGCCCACACCUUUUACCGGUUCCUGCACAAAAUGGCUGGCACGGCCAUGUACGACAACGUCGACCACCUCUUUACGGGCCGCGGGUGGAAGCUCUGGCGCAAGGACCGAGACCUAUAUAAGUGGAUCGCCCGGGGGCCGAUGAGCAGCCACUCCUGGCGUCUGUUCGAGACGAACCCGGGGCAGAUACCAGGAUGCGGGCGGAGCACAUGGCAUGACGCCAGAUGGGCGGUGCAGGAUGCAUUUGAGACUUACCAGGCUUAUAAGCGCGCGGUGCAGGACAAGAAAGCGCACCCCGAGAGUGAAAGCUUGUUAACUAUGGAGUUGGAGAGCAGCACCUUGGGCGGGAAGUUUUGA